CGCGCGGGGGGCACUUCCUGCCGCCGCCAUUUUGUCGCGGAGCGGGAGGAAGCGGCGGCGGCUCCUGCGCGGCGGCAGCGCCGGCUCGGCCCGGCCCGGCCCGCGAGCUUUUUCCAAGGGGAGCGUGGAAAAUGAAGGUCAGAGGCUGAGGGAGCCCCAGCUGCGAAGGGCACCUGAAAUUCAGAGUCGGGAUCUGGAGGCGGCCGUGCCCGGAGCCGGGGGAGGAUCGAUGGACAAGCCAAGCGACUUCUGACUCCGCGGCGUUUUCCGGGAAAAAAUUCCAUGGCCAUGUAUCCUACCAGGGUCUCCGGCGAGGAAUGCAACGGCAUCAACGCCAUGGCGGCCGAGAGCGGCCCCGGCACGCGCCUGCGCAACCUGCCGGUGCUGCCGGACGCGCUGGACUCCACGCAGCCCUCGGCGGCGCCGGCGCCGGGCCAGGCCCAGCCCGGGGUCGGCGUGGGCGUCAACCCGCCGCCGCCGGAGACGUCCAACCCCAACAAACCCAAGCGCCAAACCAACCAGCUGCAGUACCUGCUGAAGGUGGUGCUGAAAACCCUCUGGAAGCACCAGUUCGCCUGGCCCUUCCAGCAGCCCGUGGACGCCGUCAAGCUCAACCUCCCGGAUUAUUAUAAAAUAAUUAAAACUCCGAUGGAUAUGGGAACAAUAAAGAAACGCUUGGAAAAUAAUUAUUACUGGAAUGCUCAAGAAUGUAUCCAGGAUUUCAACACCAUGUUUACAAACUGCUACAUCUACAACAAGCCAGGGGAUGACAUUGUGCUGAUGGCAGAAGCUCUGGAGAAGCUUUUCCUGCAGAAAAUCUCGGAGAUGACGCAGGAGGAGACGGAAAUCGUCAUCGCCCAGACCAAGGGCCGGGGCCGCGCCCGCAAGGAGGCAGUGCCAUCCAAGCCCGGCUCCUCGGCGCUGCCCAACGCGGCUCAGGCUCCGUCCCCGGCCGCGGCGGUGCCGCCGGUGCCGGCGCCGGGCCUGGCGCCUCCCCUGGCCUUCCCCGGCGCGGUGAGCGCGGCCGAGCUGCUGGUGCCGCCCGCCAUGACCGCCGUGCCCCCCGCGCCCCCCGCGCCCGCCCCGGCGCCGCCGGCAGCGCCCGCCCCGGCGCCGCUGCAGCCGCACCCGCCCGUCAUCCCCACGCCCGCACAGCCCGUCAAGACAAAGAAGGGGGUGAAGAGGAAAGCAGACACCACCACGCCCACCGCCAUGGACCCCAUCCACGACUCGUCCUCGCUGCCCGCCGAGCCCAAGGCCACCAAGCUGGGCCCGCGGCGCGAGAGCAGCCGGCCCGUCAAGCCCCCCAAGAAGGAGAUCCCGGACUCGCAGCAGCACGCGGGCGAGAGCCGCGCCUCCAAGGCCUCGGAGCAGCUCAAGUACUGCGGCGGCAUCAUCAAGGAGAUGUUCGCCAAGAAGCACGCGGCCUACGCCUGGCCCUUCUACAAGCCCGUGGACGUGGAGGCGCUGGGGCUGCACGACUACUGCGACAUCAUCAAACACCCCAUGGACCUCAGCACCAUCAAGUCCAAGCUGGAGAGCCGGGAGUACCGGGACGCUCAGGAAUUCGCGGCCGACGUGCGGUUGAUGUUCUCCAACUGCUACAAGUACAACCCCGCCGACCACGAGGUCGUGGCCAUGGCCCGCAAGCUGCAGGACGUGUUCGAGAUGCGCUUUGCCAAGAUGCCGGACGAGCCGGAGGAGCCGGUGAUUCCCGCCUCGUCCCCCGUGGUGGUCCCGCCCCCCACCAAGGUGGCGCCGCCCUCGUCCAGCGACAGCAGCAGCGACAGCUCCUCCGACAGCGACAGCUCCUCCGACGACUCCGAGGAGGAGCGGGCGCAGCGCCUGGCCGAGCUCCAGGAGCAGGUACGGGCUGGCACCAGGGUCCUUCCG